UGUAUACCGAACGGCGCCUCUAUCUGUUUAAUGUUAAUAGCCAUUUUUAAAUCAACGUGAUAAGUUUCAGGUAAACAAGGAUUUAAUUCAUGCGCGUUCAUGUAUGUCCUAGAGCAGAAAAAUUUCUUUUAUUGUAUGUGUACGUGAUAUUCAUUGGCAAAUGUUUAAACGAUGAUAAAAUUAAUACUUAAGGUGAUGUAGUUCUUAUACCGUCUGGCAGUCGUGAAAGUAUCUACGUGGUUCAAAGCACAGUAGUUUGUUAAAAUUAAUAUAAAAUGGAAACAUUGGAAAUCGACGAUGAACGAACUCAUUUCAUAAAAUUGCCAAGUGCUGUUGAAGUGUUUGCAAAUUUAAAAAAUGCUCAAAAAUUCGCGAUCGACAUUGGCUUAUCUUUGACAAAAAUAGCUUAUUAUUCAACGAUUAGUUAUCGUAAGGCAUUGUAUGAGGAUACAGGCUUAGGAAAUAGUGGAGAACGUGCAUACAGAGUUCACGAAGGCAAUAGACUUCACUUUGUUAAGUUUGAAACAAGAUACAUUGAAAAUUGUUUGGAUUUUGUGAAGGAGAAUUUAGUAAAUGUUGAGAGGUUUUAUGGUAAAAACAUUAAAGUGACUGGUGGAGGAGCAUAUAAAUACAAUGCUUUGUUACAAGAAAAAUUAGGUUUAAUAGUUGAUAAAGAAGAUGAAUUCGCAUGUUUAAUAAAAGGCUGUAAUUUUUUACUUAAAAAUAUAUCUUGUGAAGCAUUUGAAUUUGAAAGACAUGGGAAUCCUGAAUAUAAAUUUCAAAAAGCUGAUCCUAAUAUAUUUCCAUAUAUGUUAGUAAACAUUGGUAGCGGCGUCAGUAUUCUUAAAGUUGAAUCUGAUAAAGUAUUUGAAAGAGUUGGUGGUACAGCUACAGGAGGUGGAACAUUUUGGGGAUUAGGUUGUUUGCUUACGAAAAGAAAGGGCUUUGAUGAAUUGCUGCAACUUGCAGAAAGAGGAGAUCACCGUAAUGUUGAUAUGUUAGUGAAGGAUAUUUAUGCAGGCGAUUAUUCCUCACAAGGUUUAUCUGCAGACCUUAUUGCAUCUUCUUUUGGCAAAGUUACUUAUAAUGAUAAAGGAAGACCAAAGUAUUCUGAGGCAGAUCUUGCUAGAAGUCUUUUAUUUACUGUAAGCAAUGACAUUGGACAAAUAGCAAGUUUAUAUGCAACUGUACAUAAAAUGGAUAAAGUUUACUUCGGUGGUUACUUUCUUCGUAACCACCCUCUAUCAAUGCAUACUAUUUCAUAUUCUAUCAAAUAUUGGUCGAAUGGUAAGGUAAAACCUCUUUUCCUUCGUCAUGAAGGUUAUCUUGGUGCAAUUGGGGCCUUUUUGUAUGGUGCUGAACAAUCUGAUGAAUAUAGUUGGCUGGAAAAUUAUGCAGGGUCUUCAGGAUUUAAAGAUUCAAUAUCUACGAAUCUUGGAAUUAAAGUAGAUCAGUUGGAAAUUGAUCAAGCAGAAACUGCUGUAACAUUUUGUCCACUUUUGAAAGAUCCUGCAUCUUACAAUCCUGAUACAACUGAUCUUGCUGAGGAUAAAGAAGCAAGAGAUUAUUGGCUUCAGUGUCUUGAAGAAUCAGUGGAUAAAUUUGUGGCCAAAGCUAUUCACAGUCAGCCACAUAGUCCAACUGCAAAAGAUAGAGCAACAAAACUGAAGGAAAAAUAUGUUAACAGAUUGCGUUAUCUACAUCUUCAACCAUUUGCUUAUGGAACACUUACAGUCAGAGUAUUAUUGGAUACUAUUGAACACUGCAUGAAAGAAUUCGAUUUUCCUGAUCCAUAUCUGCAUCAAAAGAAAAAGGAGAAUGAAGAAGCCUUAACAUAUUUAAAAAGUCGUAUAGCAGUUCUCGAUGAAUUGGAAGGAGCAGAAAAAAUAAAAGCUUUGAUUCUGGGAGUUCUGAGUGGUAAUAUGUUUGACUGGGGUGCACAAGCUGUUGCAACUUUAAUGGAGACAACAGAUUUUGGUUUUGCUGAAGCUCAAGCAAAAAUACCGGGUAGACCUUGGCUACAAGAUGAUUUGGAUGAUUGGAUAGAGAGAUUGAAAACUGGUCCACCUCAUAAAUGUGCUGCUAUUUUCGUUGACAAUAGUGGAGUUGAUAUAGUAUUGGGAAUUUUACCGUUUGCUCGUGACUUAUUACAACGAGGAACAAAAGUUAUACUGUGUGCUAAUUCUAUGCCAGCAUUAAAUGAUGUCACAUAUCCAGAAUUGGUUGUAACAUUACGAGAUGCAGCAAAAAUAUGCAAAGUUAUUAGACAAGCUCUGAAAGAAAAUCGUUUGUUUGCCAUGGAGACAGCUCAAGCUAGUCCCUGUCUUGAUUUAAGCCGACUCAAUUUAGAUCUAUGUCUUGCGAUGGUAAAACAUAACGUCGAUCUUAUCGUAUUAGAGGGAAUGGGUAGAACGCUUCAUACGAAUCUUUAUGCAAAAAUGACUUGUGAGUGUCUGAAAUUAGCAGUUGUUAAAAAUCGAUGGUUAGCACUUCGAUUAGGUGGUGACAUGUAUGCUGUAAUAUGUAAAUAUGAACGUCCACCAACGAAUAAUAAAGUUUGUGAUAUAGAAAUAAAAAUGAAAGAAGAAUGUCCAUCAGAAUGUGCAGAGAAUGCAACGGACAUUUGCACGUGUAACGCAAAGGGAUAAAUGAUAAAAACGAAUGCCUCUAUCAGCGAGAUCCAUAAAUCAUGUUCAUGUUCAAUUCGUACCAGUAGAUAAAAUGGAAAUCGAGGUCAUGUGGGUACAAUCUGUAUCGUUCCGUCUAUUAUGUAUAUCCGAUAAGGAAGUAAAAAGGAGGCUCUUUCAGAUUAAAAAAGGACGAUUCGGUAAAAGAUGUAUAGUAUAAAGCAUUUUCGCGAAGAAAAUACGGAAAAGGGAAGCAUCGGCUAGUAUACCGAUUGAUAAAGCAAGAAAAAGGUAUCAGAAAAAGAAUCGGAAGACCAACGAGGAAAGAAGAAAAGUGAUUGUAUGUAUGCGAAGCACGUUCCGCGUUCAUUUCUUUUAGCCACAUCUUACGCAACGUUCUACAGUUUGGCUUUAUUAAAUUCCUGUUGGGCGAUAUUGUCUGAUGGUUUGCUUCUAGAAGUCAGUUCAUGCGUCGAACGCGAUCCAAGAGAUUAUUUAAUCAAUUAUAUAUUUCACUUCGAUCGGUAGCGUUGCUUUCGGUAGAAAUCCUUUCUGCCGCCUAGAUCUACUCAGAUUUUGUUCAAUCUUAUACAACAUCGAAAAUUUUACGAUCGUUAAUUCGUAUUUAGUCGUAUUGCAAUUAUUUUUAAUAUCCUAAUAAAUUACAAUGUAACAAAAUUCACGAUAACGUCCAUUUGUAAUAUAUAUAAUAUAUAAUAUAAUAAUAACAGGAGAUAAUAACAGGGAGAAAAUAACAGGAGAUGCAGGAUAAGGAAAGAAUAAAUAGAAUAUAAUUUAUGCAAAUAUAGAUACGCUAAGAAGCAAAGAGAAUCGCGAUAACAUUUCGAACGAGAUGAAAUGUUAAUUACGGCGAUGAUUCUCUUUUCUCUGGAACCCUUUGAUAGGUUCGCGUUUCAUUUGAAAUUCUGGCCGAACUGACGAUGCAUUGAGCUUUAGCUAGAUUUAUUCGUCCAGAGAAUCCUUAUAAUUAUUUGCAAGGGAAAUAAUAGAUCUAGGGGAUGUUGACUCAGCUCUAGUAGGGCAACGCAAGACCAGUUAGCAACGAGAUGGAAUCCUUCUCGACCGGAAGUCGAUGUUCCUCGUAGUUUCUAAUGCGAAACUCCUGUUUUCGUUGAAUCUUCGAAAAAUGAAAGAUCUAUUAGCACUGCCGGGGAUAUCCAACGUUCAGAUCUUUCGUCUCGAAUCUUAGCCUAAGUUUCCUCGCAGCUAUAAGCGUACGUUUAAUGCCAGUGUUCUAACUACGUAAUUUCAUGCAGAUUACGUAGGAGAAUAUUCGCGUAUGCGCUUAUUUGUGGCCACAUGAACACAAUGUUGUCGUUGUGCGCGUAGAUAUUUUGAGAGCUCUUCGCGUCAGCUUUAAUUCCUUCCCAGGGAUUCCUCCGCGAUUGCGGAUUGCACUUGCACCCAUGUAUCUGACGUGAAACGGUUCCGUAGAAAUUACGCUCGCAGUUCUCGAGCGCCGCUACCGCGGCUAGAUAGUCGCUACGGUACGAGAAUGAAGAACGGGAUUAGAUAGAAGGUAUCCCCGCGAGCUUCACUUUUUCCUUAUGAGUAUGAGAAAAUGUAGUCAAACAUAACCUAAAACGCAAAAUUCCUGUCAACGAACAUUGCUUGAAAUUCUCUUCGAGAUCGUUCCGUGAGAUUUCAGAAUGGAAAAAGUAUCGCGAGAGAAGAAUGAAGAGUGGGUUGGAACGAAACACAUUUACGAGCCAAGUUCUUCAAUCCUUUUUCAUGAUACAGCCGAAGAAGGAGAGACGGUUCUACGUUCGAUCCUGAGCCACCUAUCACAUCUAAGCCCUAUUGGGUUUCCAGCAUUGGGCACGGAAUCUCAAAAUGCUCGUGUCAUCUCGGCACAGAGAUGCUGCAACUGUGAUCGAAUUCCAGAAACUACUACAAUCGAUGACCUGUGUAACUAUUAUGAAAUUAUUGCGAUUACUGAUGAUUUAAAAAUCGCAGUUGUAUACAGGGUGGUUGGUAACUGGCGGUACAAGCGGAAAUAUACAAUAAAAAAUUUUUUUUUUAUUUUUCCAUCGAGACAACGAUCUACAGUGAGAUCCGUUAUAACGUACCGCACGCGUGCCGAGCCAAAGUUCAAAGUCGAUUUUCUCGAAAACAAAGCCUCAAACGAAAAAUCUUUAUUCUAUAUUUUCGACUUCUUUUUUCGCGUAGAAUCACCCCCUUCCCGCUCGGCACAGAGAUGCUGCAACUGUGAUCGAAUUCCAGGAACUACUACAAUCGAUGACUUGUGUAACUAUUAUGAAAUUAUUGCGAUUACUGAUGAUUUAAAAAUCGCAGUUGUAUACAGGGUGGUUGGUAACUGGUGGUACAAGCGGAAAGGGGGUGAUUCUACGCGAAAAAAGAAGUCGAAAAUAUAGAAUAAAAAUUUUUUUUUUUAAUUUUUCCAUCGAGACAACGAUCUACAGUGAGAUCCGUUAUAACGUACCGCACGCGUGCCGAGCCAAAGUUCAAAGUCGAUUUUCUCGAAAACAAAGCCUCAAACGAAAAAUCUUUAUUCUAUAUUUUCGACUUCUUUUUUCGCGUAGAAUCACCCCCUUCCCGCUCGGCACAGAGAUGCUGCAACUGUGAUCGAAUUCCAGGAACUACUACAAUCGAUGACCUGUGUAACUAUUAUGAAAUUAUUGCGAUUACUGAUGAUUUAAAAAUCGCAGUUAUAUAUAUCGAUGGAUAACUAAGAUGUAACAUGGAUAUUUUACAAGUAAACGAAACGUAAGUCGAAUACGCCUUUACCAUCGGGUUUCAGCUACAAUCCUCGAGGAUUCGCAGUAUCUAAUGGAUCCUUAUGUCGCAUCGUCAGGAAUUGCAUUGGCAACCUUAGACGAGCACUUGGGUAGGAAAAUAUUGAAAAGGAUUCGGUUAUCGUUAGACGCUUUUCGCGUUAACUUUUUUCAAUCCCGAAGAGGAGAGCGUGUCAAAGGAGAUCGAAGGGUUAUUGCUAGCUCCUAGAAAUGGAAUCGAUCCGCGACGAAUAGGUUUUGUACGAAUAUCAUGCGAUCAUCUGCGACGAACGAUUCGUUAGAUUAGACGAAGAUUCGAAGAUUUCUCAAAGUACGAAAUAGUAUCGUCACGUUUACUCGAUACUUGAUUUUUAUAAAAUGAUCUAAGCCAAAGUAACAUCCACGGCAAUCUUUCCCGAUAAUAAUUUAAUCAUUCGUAAUUCCUCUUCAAUUGUUCAUUUAUCGUAUGUGUACGUCGAAUGACGUUAUUAAGACGGACACAGCGAUAACAGCCGGAGGCUGAUAGAUGAACGGUGGCAAGUUCGCAUCGAUAAAUUUGCUAAACGACGAGGAAAUGAUGAAUCGUCGUUCCGUUUUACCAUCGCCGCUCUAAUUACGUUAAUUUCGCAAUUAGAACACGCUCUCGUUCGCGUAAGCUUAUCUAUGCCAGGGAUGCGGAGGAUUUUUUUAUCGUCUCUCUCGUUACCGAAAUGAAAUUCGUGACGCGCUACGCGAAAUAUCGUGGUAAUUAUCAAUUUGUAACGAAUUCUUCGAAUCUGGAAGAACGCGAAACAAUUCAAGUAUUACGACUCGUUCGUCGCUUUCUCAGGUAUCGAUGGAAUUUGCAGAGAAAUGUUACACUCUGCGUUAUUAAGCUGUAUUAUCGCCGUAUGAAUGGAUGAAAUAAUUCCAUUCGAUGGAAACUCGACGAUUUAAGUCGCGGCAUCGCGAAUAAUCCUUAGAAAGAAAUAACGACGAUGGAUCGGACGAUGGUAUUUCGGUUUCGAUCCCGUUCAGCGCCAAGUUAUUAAAAGCUAUCGCCGGUCCCCAGUGUUGUUGAUGGUCAACAGACGUUGCGGAAGUGCACCAAGAACAAUGGUGAACGUCGGGGGUACCGUUUCGUUCCAUUCUUGUCCGUUUUCGCACGAUACGGUUCGGUUAUGUGAAAUUAGUUUUGACAAGGCGAUCCCCGAGCGAAACGGAAACGUAGAAGAAUUUGUUUUCAUUUGCGCGUCACAUUUUAUCGCGCGUUUCCUGCAACCAGAAUUAUUCGUUAGUUCUCUGUCGUGCUUUUUUCUUUUUCUUUUUUUUUUCUAAAUGUACAAAAAGAUGUUCGUUCUUUAACGAACGAUUCCUAUAAUCGCGUGCUUUUUGAAUGUUUUGGCAGCUGUUAUUAAAGCUCGUAUGUAUCUUUGAAUAGCAGCGUAGCGAAUAAAAAAAAAAAAAAAAAAAGAAAGGAGGAGAAA